CCCGCCCCUCCCACUUCUGCUAAGAGAAAGGGACUUGAAAGCCAACAACAUAUUUUAUGACGAACUAGCAUUUUUUCUUUUAAAGUGUCUCUCUUUAGUGCUUUUUCAUCAGUAUGUAACCCACGGCUCUUUUAUCGCAGCUAGUUUUCUGUUCCACGUCCACCCUCCUUCAGCUCUACCUUGUUGAAAGCCAGAACAGAGGAGAAAAUGGAUGCGUGAACAGCUCAAACAGAGAGAGGAGACGGCAAGAGAGAGGCUCCCUAUCACUUGUCGCAGCCCAGGAGCUGGAGCCUAGAGAAGGAAAUCUAGCGAGCAUACGUCUUGUGCCACGAUGUCGGACCCACAGGCGAAAGGAGCUCCAGGUGAAGAGGGGAACAUGUCAGAGGUCACAGCAGGACACGUGUCCAGUAGUACUCAUCAGGUACCGGGUGGAACGUCUGUGUCCUCGCCUGUGGCUUCCAUGCAGCCUCCUGCCACCACAGGGACUGAGGAUGAAGAUGAGAGUGAAGAUGAGUCAGAAAUCCUGGAAGAGAGUCCCUGUGGCCGCUGGCAGAAACGCAGAGAGGAGGUGAAUCAGCGGAAUGUCCCUGGGAUAGACGCAGCGUACUUGGCCAUGGACACAGAGGAAGGGGUCGAGGUAGUGUGGAAUGAAGUCAUGAUCUCAGAGAGGAAGAACUUUAAACUGCUUGAGGAGAAAGUAAAGGCAGUAUUUGAUAACCUGAUACAUUUGGAACAUGCAAAUAUUGUCAAGUUUCACAAGUACUGGGCCGACACCAAGGAGAACCGGGCUAGGGUGAUUUUCAUAACUGAAUAUAUGUCAUCAGGAAGCUUGAAACAGUUUCUAAAGAAGACAAAGAAGAAUCACAAAACCAUGAAUGAAAAGGCUUGGAAGAGAUGGUGCACACAGAUCCUCUCUGCUCUCAGUUACCUCCACUCAUGUGACCCUCCCAUCAUCCAUGGCAAUCUGACCUGUGACACCAUCUUCAUCCAACACAACGGGUUAAUCAAGAUUGGAUCAGUUGCCCCAGACACCAUCAACAACCAUGUGAAGACGUGUCAUGAGGAGCAGAAGAACUUGCACUUCUUUGCUCCAGAAUACGGAGCUGUUGAUGAUGUCACCACAGCUGUAGACAUCUACUCAUUUGGCAUGUGUGCCUUAGAGAUGGCACUUUUGGAAAUCCAGGGAAAUGGCGAGUCCUCUUAUGUUUCUCAAGAGGCCAUCAACAAUGCCAUACAGUUACUGGAGGACCCGCUGCAGAGGGAGUUAAUCCAGAAGUGCCUCGAGUGUGAUCCCAGUACAAGGCCUACAGCCCGAGAGCUGCUGUUUAACCAGGCUCUGUUUGAAGUACCGCUGCUAAAACUGCUGGCUGCACAUUGUAUUGUCAGCCACCAACAUAUGAUUCCUGAAAACGCCCUGGAGGAAAUGACCAAGAACCUGGACCCCAGCCUGGUCAUUGCUGAGACGAAAGAGGACGUUCAGCUCAAACUUUCACAGUUUCCUGCCUUGGAGCUUGACAAAUUCCUGGAGGAUGUUAGGAACGGUAUUUAUCCAAUGACGGCGUUCGGGCUGCCCUGUCCUCAGCAGCCUCAACAGGAGACUGUUAAAUCUCCCAUUGUCGUCCCCCUGGUCAAAUCCCCCACACCCGAACCUGCAGAGCUUGAGACACGGCGGGUCAUUCAUAUGCAGUGUAACGUUGAAGCUGUCGAGGAGGGAGCAAAGUAUCAUCUAACAUUACUGCUGAAACUGGAGGAUAAACUGAAUAGACAUCUAAGCUGUGACAUGUUACCUCAUGAGAAUGUUCAAGAGUUGGCCGGAGAGUUGGUGGAGCUGGGCUUAAUCAGUGAGGUGGACCAACAGAAAAUAGCUUCUCUACUGGAAGAAUCCUUCAGCCAUGCUCUUCAUUAGCAACACAUUAGUACACUUUCUUAACCCAGUUACAUGUUCUCUUCGGUUACUCGGUGACUGUGUUUAGUUUCUUUUUUUUUUUUUUUUUUAAAUGUCUUUUCUACUUGACUUUAGGUGGUACUGUGACCAAAACGGUGGGUUUUUCCUUCACUUUAGGGAUUAAAACUUCCUUAAAGCACACAAAACCUUCAACAUAAAGCCAAUUUUAGAGUCUUCCAAAGAAGCUACCUGGAGUGAUUUCACAUUUUUAUUUUAAAAGUCAAAACAUACAUAUAUUUGUGGAAUUGUUUUGAAUGAGAUGGCUACUAAGUUGGCUGUUAAGUAUAAUUCAAAGGUGAACCUCAUUAAUGCUGCAACAGACACUUAAUCAAAAGAGUACUGACUAGAUUCAUUGCAGCUUUAUGUUGAAACUUUCUUUUUCCUCAAGCACACAGUUGAAUUUUAGUGUGAGGUGUUUACAUUAUGAAUUGUCUAAAAUGUAAUGCAGAGUGAUUUAGGCCUCCACUGGACUCACACCACAUACUCAGCUCUUGCUACUGUUUGACAUUUAAAUUCUAAUAGUCGAUUCUGCACCUGUUGACCACCAGCAAAUCUAUCACAAUAAUAUUAUAUCUCAUUUUUGUUUUUUCCUCAUAUGAUAGAACAUGUUGCAUCAUUUUGACUUUUGUAAUGUGUUUAGACCAUCCAGUCAUCUUAACAGGUUAAAGGGAAAUUAUGCUGUGUUUUUAUGUGGAGGUCCAGUCAGUGUUGAAGGUAAAGUGAAUUAAUUCAUAAAUCAAUUGGUGCGUACUAUGUUGACCGAGAAUACGGAGUUCUCCUACUUUAUGGAUGCUGUUGGAAUUAUUUUACAAGCACGAGAACAAAUUCUGUUAAUGAGCAGCAGAAUGCCCCCUGGCUACACAAAAGCUCAAUCUAAGCUCAGAUAGCAGAGCAUAGCUUUUUCUCAGUCAACACAGAACACAAUGAGGAAUGUAUUGCUUCAGUUGACUAUAUUUACCAUCAACACUGACUGGGCACCGACAUAUAACAUGACAGAUUUCCCCUUUGAAUAUACGAUUGAAACUGGAUGGCAGUGGUGCAUCUUUUCUCAGUAAGACAAAUACCCAUAAGUAAUACUUUUUUAAAGCCUGUGGGGCAAGCGUCAUGCCAAUAAUCUCUGGAAACAAAUGGAUCCCUGGUUACUUUGAGGUACUGUGAAGUCAGUGUUACUGAAUUUUCCGUUUGCGUGUUCGUCUGUAUAACUUGCUCAACUCUUCCGCACAAGCCUUAAAGUCCUCUUUUCUCAGUUUGGUUUUGUGAUUUUAGUCAUUGUUUUACCAUUUGCUGCUUGUUGGGUUCACACAUGCUUCUCUGCCUUUAAAAAUUCAUUCAUGUGAGACGUGUGUACUGAACUCAGCUGCCAUAUGCUGUAGAAAGAGGACCUACUCCCGAACGUCGUACGUUUUAUUUAUGUCCCAGAUACUGUAUAUUACCUGUUUUUCUCCCCUUUCGUUUACUGUGAUGUCACACGGAGACCACAUUGUUGAGCGUCUGAGCCGAUACACAACUCUUCUUGUUCCUGUUCCUGCUGUUUUCAUUUGAUCCCCAUGUAAUAAAACUGGGACCUGGUGGGUUGACAUUACCCUUCACAUAGUGCAGAGGCUAAGUACAGACUCUGACAUCAUGCAGGUCUUGUUUAGACUUGUACUGAGAUCAGGGAGUUACCUGUCUGACAUUUUGGUUCAGAACUUGUUGUGGACUACUGGUACUACUGUGUCUGGAAGCUUGUACAGGAUCUUACUUGGAAGAAAAAAACACAUUCUCAGUGCAACAGAGCAACAAUUUAGAUACUAUUUCUUUAAGAAAUGUAUUGAAAUUAUCUUAUUGUGUCUUAUAGUAACUUUUAAUUCAACUACUACUGUAUGAGCUUGCAGACAGAUUUCCUCUGAUGCUGGUUGUUGAGUUAUGUUAAGUCGCUCACCUCACUAGUGAGAUCAUAUCAAUCCAUUGAUCUUCAUUCAUAUCUUUUUUUUAAUAUCUAUUCAGGCUUCUUUUGCGCUCCACUCUGCAUUUUGUUGCUAUACGUCACAUGUGUUGCACUGUGUGUAGUCCCUCUUUAUACAUUGUUUACUUCAUUUCCUGUUUGUAUGUGUAUUUGUAAACUUGUAAGAUUGUAUACUCCAAAGAUUUUAAAGUCAGCCAGGAGAAUGUAAGUACACCACUUCUUGUGUAGAGAAGUGGUGAAAACCAAGCAAUGUGAUCUCUCUCUUUCUCUUUCUCUUUCUCUCUCUUUCUCUCUCUUUUCCACCCAAAGUAUUGGUGGUGUUGAAACUGGUUAUUGAAUAAAUAAUAAUAAGGGGUGGGCGGCUCUAGCCUGUCCUCGAGGAUGUGAGCUCUUGGUUACAUUUGGAAAGUCUUAUAUUUUGUAUAUGACAUGAAUGUCAGUAAAUGUGUGUGUCUUAUCUGAGACGUUUAUCCAGUCAAAGUAUGGCUGUUCUUUCAAAUAAAUGUGUGAAAUGCUUGA